CUGCCUUUAGAAAAUCAGUACACCAGCAGAACGUAUCUGGUGGAAGUACGCAAGAAAAGUCGGCUUGAUAAACAGGAUUUCAAGCCUCCAAAUUUCGCGAGAUACUCUGGAUAGUACGGGAUCGGUGUCUCAAAGGGUCCAACAAAGGGAAUUUAUGAAUUUGAGAUAACUGUGGUGUAAAAAUUCGGUGCAAUGGAGUUUGCACAUACAAAAACCUGUCAGGAGGUUGUGAACUAUUUUGCAGUUGACGAAGACGUUGGACUAAGCGAUGAACAGGUGAAAAGAAAUCAAGAAAAAUACGGUCCAAAUGAAUUACCGGCAGAAGAAGGAAAAUCACUAUGGGAACUUGUAUUAGAACAAUUUGAUGACCUCCUUGUCAAGAUUUUAUUGUUAGCUGCAAUUAUUUCCUUUGUUUUGGCUUGGUUUGAAGAAUCAGAAGAACAAGUAACCGCUUUUGUAGAACCUUUUGUGAUCCUAUUGAUUCUUAUUGCUAAUGCAAUUGUAGGAGUAUGGCAAGAAAGAAAUGCAGAGAGCGCCAUCGAGGCAUUAAAAGAAUACGAACCAGAAAUUGCCAAAGUGGUGAGGAAGAACCACAAAGGGAUCCAGCGAAUCAAGGCCGUCGGUCUCGUGCCUGGUGACAUCUGUGACGUCUCUGUCGGUGACAAAGUGCCAGCUGACAUGAGAAUACUUAAAGUCCAUUCCACAACUCUCCGUGUUGACCAGGCUAUUCUGACUGGUGAGAGUGUGAGUGUUGCCAAACACGCCGAUCCCAUACCAGACUUUCGCAUCGUUAAUCAGGAUGCAAAGAACAUUCUGUUUUCGGGAACGAACAUUGCCGCCGGUAAAUGUAAGGCAGUUGUCAUUGGUACUGGCUUGGAUACAGAAAUUGGUAAGAUCAGAACAGAGAUGAUUGACACAGAAACAGAGAAGACACCCCUGCAACAGAAACUGGAUGAGUUUGGACAACAACUGUCUAAGGUCAUCACCAUCAUCUGUAUUGCCGUGUGGGCCAUCAACAUCGGGCACUUCAACGAUCCCGCUCAUGGUGGAUCUUGGCUCAAGGGUGCCAUCUACUACUUCAAGAUCGCUGUUGCCCUGGCCGUCGCUGCUAUCCCAGAGGGUCUGCCCGCCGUCAUCACCACUUGCCUCGCGCUAGGAACAAGACGUAUGGCCAAGAAGAACGCCAUUGUCAGGAGUCUGCCAUCGGUCGAGACCCUGGGAUGUACAUCGGUCAUCUGCUCUGACAAGACUGGUACCUUGACCACCAACCAGAUGUCUGUCUGCAGGAUGUUUGUCUUCAACAAGAUCGAAGGCAACGAGAUGCAGUCGCAUCACUUUGAGAUCACUGGCUCCACCUAUGCACCAGAGGGUGAGGUGUACCUGAAUGGCAAGGUCAUCAAGUCUGGCGACUAUGAAGGAUUGGUUGAGUUGUCCACCAUCUGUGCAAUGUGUAACGACUCUUCUGUUGACUUCAAUGAUGCCAAGAACGCCUACGAGAAAGUUGGUGAGGCGACGGAGACUGCCCUGACCAUCCUCUGCGAGAAGAUGAACGUCUUCAACACGGACAAGUCUGGCUUGAACAAGAAGGACCUCGGCAUGUGCUGCAACCAUGUCAUCCAACAGAACUGGAACAAGGAGUUCACACUCGAGUUCUCACGUGAUCGCAAGUCCAUGAGCGUCUAUGUCACUCCCAACAAACCAACAAGAUCAGCGGGCGGAGCCAAGAUGUUUGCAAAGGGUGCCCCAGAAGGAAUCUUGGAACGUUGCUCUUUCGUGCGUGUUGGUGGACAGAAAGUACCAAUGACUACUGCUAUCAAGAACGAGAUCCUCAAGCACUGCGCCAUCUAUGGAACAGGUCGUGACACCCUCCGUUGCCUGGGCCUUGCCACCAUUGACAACCCCAUGAAGAAGGAAGAAAUGGACCUGGAAGAGUCAAAGAAGUUCAUCAACUACGAGACGAACAUGACUUUCGUUGGUGUCGUCGGUAUGUUGGAUCCCCCACGUAAGGAAGUCAUUGGCGCCAUUCAGGAGUGUCGUUGUGCUGGAAUCCGUGUCAUCGUCAUCACAGGAGACAACAAGGCAACUGCUGAAGCUAUCUGCAGACGUAUCGGGGUCUUCGGCGAGAAUGAAUCAACGAAUGGCUUGGCUUACACUGGACGUGAAUUCGAUGACCUCUCACCCCUCGAUCAGAAAGAGGCUGUGCUUCGUUCACGGCUGUUCGCUCGUGUUGAACCGGCUCACAAGAGUAAGAUCGUUGAGUACUUGCAGAGCGCAGGAGAAAUCUCUGCUAUGACCGGUGAUGGUGUGAAUGACGCGCCGGCCCUCAAGAAGGCUGAGAUCGGUAUCGCCAUGGGCUCUGGAACUGCUGUGGCCAAGUCCGCCUCGGAGAUGGUUCUUGCUGAUGACAACUUCUCCACCAUUGUUUCUGCCGUUGAAGAAGGACGUGCCAUCUACAACAACAUGAAACAGUUUAUUCGUUACCUCAUCUCAUCCAACAUUGGAGAAGUAGUCAGCAUUUUCUUGACCGCCGCCCUCGGUAUCCCCGAAGCUCUGAUCCCUGUGCAGCUUCUGUGGGUGAACCUUGUGACUGAUGGUCUGCCCGCCACUGCCCUCGGCUUCAACCCACCAGACCUGGACAUCAUGACGAAGCCUCCACGUAAUCCCAAGGAAGGUCUCAUCACUGGAUGGUUGUUCUUCAGAUACAUGGCCAUUGGUAUCUAUGUCGGUUGUGCAACAGUCGGAGCUGCUGCCUGGUGGUUCAUGUUUUAUGAAGAUGGUCCACAGUUGAACUACUACCAGUUGACGCAUCAUAUGCAGUGCUUAGCAGAACCCACGAGAUUCACUGGUGUACAGUGCAAGAUCUUUGGUGAUCCUAAACCAAUGACAAUGGCCCUAUCAGUAUUGGUGACAAUAGAAAUGCUUAAUGCUAUGAACAGCUUGAGUGAGAACCAGUCGUUGUUGUUGAUGCCACCAUGGUGUAACAUUUGGCUCAUGAUGGCCAUCGCCCUCUCAAUGGGUCUUCACUUCCUCAUCCUUGAAGUUGACUUCCUAGCUAACGUAUUCCAGAUCACCCCCCUAACUCUCGAAGAAUGGCUCGUUGUACUGAAAAUAUCCUUCCCGGUCGUCAUAAUAGAUGAAACACUCAAGUUCGUUGCUCGCAAAUUUACAGAUGACGCGGCUCCUGAUCCGUUCCAAUUUAUCGCGAAUCGAACAGAAUCGCAGGGAAAAGUACCGACUUACAAUAGGAAGUACUCGACUGCUUCACCCGUUCAGGAUCCAAACAAGAAGUACUUGUAAGCGCUCAUUGUAACGCUCGCUCAUACUGUCACAGCAAACGAAGGAGCAUUGAGUGAUUAGAAGAAGAAGCACAAAUAGAUCAUGGUUAUGCAAGCUAGGAUAUGCUACACAGUGUAGCACUCUCCUUAUGUCUCGUGUGUGCUGAGUCGUUCUUCCCUUCACCCAACUUUCUGGUUGUGUACUCUUUGUGGUGUGUUGAUGAGGAGAAGCCUAUAGUAUUACCACCUCAGGGCUACACUCGCGGCAAGGCAAUCUUCGUAUCUCACAAGAUUGAGAAGUGACUUUUGCUGUUUGUUUUUGUCCCAUAUACUCCUCCUUGUUAUAGUGCUUGUUUUUUCUCUUGUUGGUGGGUUAAAGCUUAUUAAACUUUUACAAUGCUGUGCGACAUAUUGAUAUUCACAAGACAGGUUAUGUACAAAGAUAUGAAUGUUAUAGAUAUAGUUGUGUACAUGUAAAUGUUAUAGAUAUAGGUGUGUACAUGUACAUCAUAUAGAUAUAGGUGUGUACAUCAUAUAGAAGUGGACGUUUGCAAAUAUGAUAACUGAUGCACGUGGACGAGACCUUAGUUUUCUACAUUUGAUAAUAUAAGGGAGGCUUACAGUUCAAGUUGUAUGUAGUUAUAUGUGUAUUGGAGAGUUUUAUACAUAGACUGUUUUGAUAUUUAAAUGCUAAUUUAUUUUAUACAAUCAUAGACAGAUAGAGGUAACUUCAUAUGCAACUAGUAUGAUACAAGAACGCUCUGAUGAAAUGUUAGCAGACGUGCGCAUAUUUCUGGUUUGGGCUUCUGCAUUGUAUAAAGUGCAUAGGAAACAAGGUCACCUCACCAGCUGAGUAUGGAUUGUUGAGUUUGUGUGUACUAGACACAGUAACACGUGAAUCAGCCUGGAGGUGACCGUGACAACAAGGAGAUACUUAUGAUGACACAAUCAAUGUGAAUUAAUUGAUCAAUUAACUGAUUCAUGGUAAAAUCGUCUCCUAGGAAAUGAAUAAUAAUCAAAAUGUAAAUAGUGUGUUUGUUCAAGGAUGACGAUGAUAAUUCCUCAACUCCAUGUAAAGAGUUCAAGCUUUCUUUUCAAUGUUCGAAGAAUGCAAGUGUAAGUUAUAAUGUGAUCUCUAUUAUUAUACAUGAUACUGGGCCUAAUCUGGGUAUAAAUUGUACAUGGAAUUGGGCUUACAUGUAAACUGGACACUUGGGCCCAAACUUGGCACAAUAUUAUGUAUUGGGACUAUUCUCGAUGCAUUGUCAUGUAUUAGGCCUACGCUUGGCAUGAUAUCAUGAAAAUUCAUAUUUUCUAAAGAUUUAAGUGGCGAUUUCUUGUAGGACAAAGUAUAAACAUUGAUCAUAGCAUAGGAGCUUGACUGUUCGUAUAGGAUUACGUAAAUGUACAUUUUCUGAUGUUACCUUAGAGUGUUACUGUAUGAGACUUCAGGCAGCGGACAAACCAUGCUGACAUCACAACGAGCGAUGUCAUUCAUUGUAAAGAUGUGAUGAAAAAUGACAUGAUGGUGGACUUUCAAAUUAUGUUUAAGAGUGCAAUCAAAUGAUUGAAGAGAGAAGGGAUUCUCUGGUGUGACAUAUGUCUUUGUGAACAUUAUCUGCUCUACAUUCUAUAGGUGCUGAGAAACAGUGCACAUGGCUAAUGUCAACUCCAAAUCUGAAUAUAUUUCAAAAGUUCAGUAAUUCAUGACUGGUUGUUCAUGGUUACCAGGCUUUGAUCGAGAUCAGUUGUGGAAGAUCUUGAUGUUUGUGGGUGACCCUUUAGGCAACCAUUCUUUAAAAGACACACAUCUGAGGCAGCUCAGACUGACCUGCUCAUAAGAAACUCUACACAAAGAAAUUGUUCACAAAGACAUCCAAUAUAUUAUUUCAUGAAAAUUGUGGUAAAGUGCCCGCCUUGAGACCAUCAACAGCAGUGUGAAGUUGCUUGUAUCACAUUGAAACCUGGGAGAGUAUACAUUGAAGUGAGAAUAGGGUAGAGAAUAAAAUUUUAAAAAUGGUUUGACAA